AUGGAAGUCAGCCUGGAUGGCGCCCCAGCUUCCCUAGCUCCUCCCAGAGGUGUGUCCUCAGUACCAACGAGUUUUACACUGCAGCCAUCUGGAAGGAUCCAGUCAUCCGCUGUUUUCGCCUUGGGAUUGGCUGAGACGUCGAGAUAUUUCCACCAAUCACCUUGGUUUUCUAAAGCCUUGGGGCCGGAAGGACCAAUGGGUAUCAAGAUUACUUGUUGUCUCUCGGAUACGAGUUUAAACGGUCCGCGCCCACCUCUGCUGGUGACAAAGGGAAGAGCGGUUGACCGCGUCGUUUUUGUAGAAGUCGCUCUUUACUUCGUAGUUUUAUGGGUGCAAGGAUUCCCUAAGCAGAAUAUUGAUUUUAUCAACGACAACACACUUUGCUAUGCUUGUGGGAAUUACUUAAUUUUCAUUAACAUUGAAAAUGAGAAAAAGUGUGUUCUACAGUGUGUGAAUGGAAAAGUGGGUGUUCUGGCAACUAACAUUCCUUUCCAAGUGGUGGCUUUUUCAGAUCGCAGUCUUAAACCCGCUAUCUACAUAUACACCUUUCCUGAAUUGUCCAGAAAGGCAAAAUUAAAAGGGCAUGCUCAGCUGGACUAUACUUUACUUGGAUUUAGUUAUUGUGGUACAUAUCUGGCUAGUUACUCUGCAGUUCCAGAGUAUGAAUUGACACUUUGGAACUGGGAAAAAAAGGUUAUUUUGUGUAGCAGAUUACAACCAGGUGUGGAAGUAAGCCAGAUGACUUUUAAUCCCAUGAACUGGCACCAAUUGUGUCUGUCUAGUGCAAGUGCUUUGACUAUAUGGAAUAUUGAAAGAAGUGACAAGAAUUAUAAUCUCAAGCCAAAAUCAGUAAAACUACCUGCAGAAGAUGGGACAUGUAUUGAUGAAACAGAUGGAAUGUUCUCUUACACAGAGCCUAAAGAUACCGUUUAUGGACCUGCACUACUAGUUUCUUCCAUUGCUGGGCUAGUUGGUGUAGAAGCAGAAACAUUCAAGCCUAAAGAUGAUUUGCAUCCCUUGGUUCAUCCUACUGUACACUGUUGGAACCCAACAAAUGAGCUAUAUGUUGGCUGUGAAGAGGGUCAUAUUCUAUUGAUAAAUGCAGAAAGUCUACUUGUUGCUGUCCUGUUCCCCACCCCUGAAAUCCAUUCUAAAGAUACCAGCGUAAACACCAUGGCAUUUCACAAAGAAGGAUUAUUUGUUGCUGGAAAUGAUGGUAUUGUACAUUCUUUUACUAUCAAGGAAAUACAUUACAAAGUAAAAGACUAUUUUGAUGUGCAAGAGCCUGUAGGAAAUAUUAUAUUCUCUCCUGAUUAUACACUGUUACUGAUUGAAACCAUUAAGGGAUCAGUUUACACCUAUACUUUCGGUGAAGAACCAAAAGUUAAAACAAUCUUGGAUGCAUACAGUGGCAAUAUACAGGCAAUUGACUUUAUCACACCUGGAAACAAAUACUGCAUGUCAGUAACCAUUUUAGGAGAAAUCUGUAUUUGGUUGUUAGAGAAUGGAUCUCAUGUCAGCAAAUUACACCUUAGGACCGAGGUAAAUGAUAUGGCUUGCUGCCCCUCCUCGCUUUCAGUUGCUCUGGGAACCAGUGCAGGAUAUAUCCAGUUCCUUGACGUUACUGAUGCUGAAUUACCUCAAGUUGUUCAUAAUGUUUUCCUGACCCGAUCUUCAAUACAGCAUGUGCAUUAUGACCAGAAGGGUCAGUACUUGAUAAUUGGAACUUCUGAUGGAUAUAUCUUCAUUUUAAAUGCCAAACCUUCACAGUCAUUUAAGGUUCUUGGAUUCACAGAAAUUAAUGGUAACAUUGUACAAAUGUCUACAGUCUACAUUUCUGAAAAAAACCUAGUUGAAGUAAUGGUGCUUGUCAAUACUUCACAAAGUGAAAGGAGCAGAUUGGAAAUAUUUUCUCUGCCUGAAGCUAUCUUAACAGACCCUGACAACUGUUGUGAUGAAAGAGGGAGGCUGAAGAAUGACAUCAUUAAGAGGAGGCGAUAUGAAAUAAAUCAUUCUCUAACCUCUGCUGUCUUGGAUUUACACAAUGAACAUUUAUACGGCUACUGUAGUCAUGUGCCAUAUAUCUGUACCUAUGGUAUUCCUGAAAAGGAUAGUAAAGUUGUAGUUCUCAAACCAGAGAUCAAAAUGCAAAGCAGACAUUUUGGAACUGGAAUAUUGUGCCUAUCAUCUCAUGGCAAGUGGCUAGCAUCAACAGCCAAAGAUGGAAUACUGAGUAUCCGUGAUAUUAAUAAUUUGGAAACAUUUACUCAGAUUCACUGCCAUUCUUACCAGGGACAAGGAAUUCAAUCAUUGGCAUUUUCACUUGAUGGCCAUUCCAUACUAGUGAAUGGUAGGGAAGAUGGUGUCCUUAUUUGUCUGAAAUGGAACAUUACAGUUGGAGCCAAUGAACAAGAAACUUCUUGGCUAGAAAAGAAAAACCGUGAGGCUAUUAGAAAAGAGGUUAAGGAAUUUAGUGAAAAAAAAAGAGAACUAAAACAAGGAAUCAGAGCACUGGCUAAAACUAUUCAGGAAAUGCUGGAAGAAAAUGAUUUGGUACCUCAAAUUGCACAACUAAAACAACAAGAAUUUUUUCUGGAUGUUGAAGAAAUGAAAAAACUUUAUGCUGAAAAUGAUGAAGAAGUAGCACAGUUAAGAAAAGAAACAGAAAUGGAAAAUCUAGCUAAGAUGUAUUUAUGGAACAUUUUAAAAGAAGAAUGCUGGGAUUCCAUGUGCGUAAAAAGUCAAGGACUUAUGCUGCAAAAGCAUAUUGUAGAGGUUUAUCACACAGCUUCUUCCCUGGGUCAAAAGACACCUGAAGAAGAGGAAGAGGAAGAGGAAGAGGAUGAGGAUAAACAGGAAGUAGCAAAAAGAGAUAGUGGCUUACCCAAUUAUCUACUUGGAAGUUUAUGUACAAGCUUUGGUAUAGAUGUAAGCAUGUUGAAUAGCCAAUUGGAACUUCAUACCAGAGAGGAGAAAAUCAACCAGAUUGUAUUAUUGAAGGACAUUAUUUACAAGAUUAAAACCAUUUUUAAUAAGGAGUUUGAUGCCACCUUUCAACAAAAAAAGUUGGAAAUAGCACGUGUGAGGGAAAGAAAUAUAAGAAUUAAAGAAAUCAUCUCGAAUCUAGAACUUGGAGAAGAGGUCUGGCAACCAGAAAUAGAGGAUUGCGAGAAGCCAGACUUAAUUCUCACAGUAGAAGACGAUGAGAUUAAAGUUGAAAAAUACCUUACCCCGUGGCAAAGAAAAGAAGCAGAGACAGCUGCAGCCCUUGAAUUACAACAACACCUGUUAGCUGAGAAAGAUGAUUUAAGACGUCGUGCUUUGAUGGACAUGAUGAAUGGAGUUUUGGAAAUAAAGAAAGAAGAUAUUUUGAAGAUGGUCGUUCCUCAGCCUUCCUUUAUGAUCAAUAAAUUGGAUGCAAUAUGGACUGAAGAAGAAAGAAGACAAGCCAAAGAAUAUGAGAAAAAAGUCAAAGAGUUAGAUGAGGAAAAAGACAAGUAUAAAAAGUCGCUGGAUGCUGAAUUAAAGAAGAUUCAGGGGUCUAUUGAAGAAACGACACAAGCCUUUAAUGAUAAUCUGAAAAAACUCUUUGAGAGGAAGGUGAAAGCAGAAAUGGUUAUCAACCAGGAGGAAUUAAAAAUAACCAACCUUGUUUUCUCUUUAGUCUUGGAUGAAGAAUUAAGGACAAGGGAAUUAGGACUGAGCAACUUCCUUGAAAGGAAACAUAUGGAGAAAAAAAAUACUUCUAAGGAAGUCAUCAUGGCCCGAGAUGAAGUUGAUGCAUUCAGAGAGAACUAUGACAACUUAGUUGCAGAGGACAAAGUUAUAGAACGUGGAUUUAAAAAAGAGUUUGCUGAACUUAGCAGUCAUCACGCCGAAUUACUCUACAAACUAUUUAAACGCCGGCCAAGGAUGCUAAGGCAAAGAGCGCAUGUAGAGUCUACUUCUCCUUUUGGCAAUCGCCUCGGGUCUGGCAAAGUUAAGGAUACCCUUGCCCAGAUCAUGAAAGCCAUGGAUGAUUUGGAUGCUCCUCAUCAUAUGCCAGAGGGCUUAGAUCCUGGGGUCUGGCAAUAUUUCUGUGCUGCAAGACGUACCAAAAUAGAAAAUGAACAGAAGGUAAAGCAGAAAACUGCUGAUUUACUGGAAAUGCAGGCCUUCCUCCGGAAGAGAAUUGAGGAUGAUGAAAAGGUUCAAAUGGACAUUGACAAAAUUUUCCAGGAACAAUUUAUAUUACGGAAGGAUGAAAGUGAUUAUCAGGUGGAUCUGACAGUUCAAUUCCUGCUUAAACAAGGGCAAGUGGAAACAGAAAAUUUCCUUUUUUUGUUAGAAUACUCUGACUCUGUUAUGAUUACCAGGAAUAUAAUUGAGGAUCUGAAUAAUUCAAUCAGGGCCCAAGGUCAAAGGAAAAUCACCAACAUGGUAGAAAAUAAAAAGUAUCACAAAGGAAUAUUUCAGAUCGAAUGGGAACAUAAAAAAAUGGAGAUGGAAAUGGAAGAUCUCAACCAAAAAGCCUGGGAUGUUCAGAUGCUAUUUUUUUCAAGAGCUCAUCAGUUGUACCUAAAAGAAGAAAAUCAUGAUAUCCUGGUUGCCCUCCAAAUUUCUCUAAUGGAGCAGACUCUUGCCGCUAUAGAUAAAACCCACAAAAAAGACGUGGAAGCCCAAAAACAGUUACUCAAGAAACUGAGAAAAAUCAACAAUCAACAAGAUUUAGCAAAUUAUGCUCUCAGCUGCACUCUACAUGAAGAGUUGGUGUGUGUCUCUGAAAGAAAACGCAUCUGUCAAUCAAUCGAGGUUAAGCUGACUUGUGAAAAGAUUUCCAGGAAACGUUAUGAGGCUACAAUACAACAACAAAAGCUAAUAGAUAUUUCAAAAGAGCAGUAUGAACAAAUUUCAGUUUUACAAACAGAGGUUGAAAGAUUAAGAAUGAAAACAUUUCCUGCACUUAUUCAUAUGUAG